AUGGGUGUGCCCGCCCUCUUCCGCUGGCUCAGCAAAAAGUACCCCAAGAUCGUCACCAAUGUCGUCGAGGAGGAGCAAAGGUAUGCGCCGAGCGGAGAAGGACGGGGAGAUGAUGGGCAGACUGACGGGGAGGAGAAGGGUGUCCCAAUACCGAUAGACAUUAGUGGCAAGAAUCCGAACGGGGAAGAGUUCGAUUGUUUGUACCUGGACAUGAAUGGUAUCGUGCAUCCUUGUACGCAUCCGGAGGGCAAAGUGAGUGUGGUUGAAGUAGCAGAGUGGAGACUUGAAUGAUAGUAUGCGCCCGUUCCUGACUGCUCGAUGAGUUCUCUGACCCCACUCGCGCCUCGAUUUGCAGCCUGCGCCGGAGACUGAAGAGGACAUGAUGCUGGAGGUCUUCAAGUACACGGAGAGAGUAGUAAACAUGGUUAGGCCUCGCAAACUCCUCAUGAUGGCUAUUGAUGGAGUGGCUCCCAGAGCGAAGAUGAAUCAGCAGCGAUCCAGACGAUUCAGAGCUGCCCAGGAGGCGAGAGAAAAGGAGGAGGAAAUGGCCAAAGCGCUGGAAGAGUGGAAAAGUGAGCAGAGCCAGAGCUGUUGCAAGACGGGCAUGAACAGUGUGCUGAUCACCUUCGCUACGCAGGCAGAGGCUUGACAGUGUUGGAUGAGGGCAGCGAAAAGAAAAAGUCUUGGGAUCGCAAUGCCAUCACACCAGGUACGCCCUUUAUGGACCUGCUGGCUGCUAGCUUGCGGUACUGGGUCGCCAAGAAGAUGAAUGAAGACGCAGGGUGGAAGAAUGUGAGCUCGCACCGCACUGCAUUAUGCGUGGCACUGUAGCUGACGCUUCUUCUACCCAUUGGACAGCUGCAAGUCAUCAUCUCAGAUGCCUCAGUUCCGGGUGAAGGAGAGCACAAGAUCAUGGACUACAUUCGACGGCAGAGAGCACAACCUGCACACGAUCCCAACACAAAGCACGUCAUUUACGGUCUAGUGAGUUCCCAAUGGACAGGUAUGAUCUGACGCUUCGCACAGGGCUGACUCGAAAGAUGCUGCCCCUGAAGGAUGCCGAUCUAAUCAUGCUUUCACUAGCUACGCACGAACCCUACUUCAAGGUCUUGCGUGAAGAUGUUUUCGCUCAGGCACCUUCCUCUGGCGGCAAGGGUUGUCACAAGUGUGGUCGCGAAGGUCAUAUCGCAGCCAAUUGCAUUGGAGCAGAGCAACCUCCACCGCCUGGAGUAGACUUGACUCACAAGCAGGCGCCGAAGACGCAAGACGGAGAGCUGAAAAAGCCUUUCAUCUUUCUGGACGUUGUUGUUUUGCGAGAAUAUCUUGAAGUCGAGCUGCAUGUACCAGGCAUGCCCUUCGCGUUCGAUCUCGAACGAGCUAUCGACGACUGGGUGUUCCUGAUCUUCUUUGUCGGAAACGAUUUCUUGCCGCAUCUACCCUCACUGGAAAUUCGAGAGGGUGCGAUUGACGAGUUGCUGAGAAUAUGGAAGAGGGAAUUGCCAAAGCUCGGAGACUACCUGACAAAGCAUGGAAGUGUGAGCCUGAAGAACAUUCAGUGCGUCAUGGACGGUAUUGCCGUACUGGAAGACGACAUCUUUCGCAAGAGGCGCAUUGCAGAGGAGCGGGGCGAGGAGCGACAAAAGCGCAGGAAGGUGGAGGAUCACGAGCGUCAAAGGGAGCAAUUUGCAGCUGAGAAAAGGGCUCGUGGGGAAGAAGAGGCAGGCGAAGCUUUGCAUCGGGGCGGCACAACGUAUGUGCCUGUUCCCCGCGCCAACGAAGGCAACGAACCCUCAGUACACGGUGCUAGCGAAGGUGUCCGUGCCAAAGCACUUGCGGCCAUAGAGAGCGGAGAUGAUGCCAAAGUCAUCGACAACCUACGGACCAUACGCAUGGCCAACCUGAGUGCAGCUGAUCGGUUGAAAGCUGAGCUGGCGGGCGCGAAAGCAAAAGCAAAAGCCGAGGCGGCCAACGCUCGAGUUAAAGGCGUGGCCCCUCGACAACCCCAGUUGUCGGAUGCUGCCGACGAUGGUGACGCGAGCAAGGCUCCUGAGAAUGCUGCUCCAACAGCUGUCGCACACACAUCGUCCGAUAAUUUCGCAGUCUUCAAAAUGGACGAAGACGUUUCCAUCGAGGCCGGUGGUGAAUCGGCACCAGUGCGAUCGUUGAAGCGUCAAAUCGAGGAAGUAGAUGGCGAUGUAGAUGGAGAAGGCAAUGAGAAACCUGAGAAGGCCGUGGCGCUAGCCGAUGGGGUCGUGCAGGUCAAGAAUGCGGAUGAUGCUGAUUCUCAGGAUAGGACGGAUCCCGUGAUUGCAUCGAAUUUGGAACGCAAGGUCAACCCUGACGGCACCGUAGAGUACGAGGAUACUGUCAAGCUGUGGGAGCCAGGCUACAGAGAAAGAUACUACCAGCAAAAAUUUGGCGUGGGCUUGGAUGACAUCAAGCUCCGGCGCGCAAUCGUGAAAAGCUACGUCGAGGGUCUCGCUUGGGUCCUCGCCUACUACUAUCAGGGAUGUCCCAGCUGGACUUGGUACUAUCCGUACCACUUCUCACCCUUCGCUGCGGACUUUGCGGAUCUUGAUGAGCUGGACAUACAUUUCAAUUUGGGUACGCCAUUUAGACCUUACGACCAGCUGAUGGGAGUCCUGCCCGCCGAAAGGUGAGUUCUUGUAUCCCAUUUGCAGAGUUGAGACGAUUGCUGAAAGGCGUGCUUGCGCGUCUCACAGUCGGGCAAGUAUUCCCCCAAUCUUCCAUCCCCUGAUGCUGGAAGAAGACUCAGAAAUCAUCGACUUUUAUCCCAAAACCUUCGCUAUCGAUAUGAAUGGCAAGAAGAUGGAAUGGCAAGGAGUUGCAAUUUUGCCGUUCAUUGACGAGAAAAGGCUACUCACAGCCCUAAAUCGUCUGUAUCCUAGACUGACCCCAGACGAAGUCCGCCGAAAUGCGUUCGGAAACAAUUCGCUCUUCGUCUCGGACGAACACUCGCUCUACGAUGCGCUGUGUAGCCUCUAUGCCAAACGGAAAAGCAAAGAUCCUGUUCCUCUAGACCCGGCCCUAUCCCAAAAGCUGUCGGGCCUGGUCAUGGCGGACCCUCAGUGUGUGCCAGGGUCGACUUUUAGCUCGCCUUUGGAGCGGGUGGGUGAAGUAGACAUCAGCAGCGACAGAUCAAUCUCUGCAAUCUACAGCUUCCCCGAACAAACGACGCCUCACAAGAGCGUUCUCCUCAAAGGUGUUAGGCCCCCUCCUAAAGUUCUCACACAAGACGAUCGUGAAUGGACCAGAAACGGGGCGCCCGACCGCGGUCGAGGCAGAGGCAGAGGCCGCGGCGGGCCCGGUCGCGGUGGCCACGAUCGCGGAGGCGCGCACUCCUACGGCGGUCGUGCGAGUGCUGGGUCCACUGGAUCGCAUGCUCGCUAUGAUGACACUGCAUACGGCCCGUAUCAGAACGGCGCGUACAGUUCUCCUUGUGAGUCACGUCGUGGUCUUUCUCUUAUAUCCGUCCAGAGGCUAAGGUGUGCAAGUGUAACCCGCAGAUGGAAGCUACGGGCAGAACGAUUACCAGUCUUCAUCUUACGGAAGCUACGGCUCUGGCCAGGUAGGUCAAAUGAACGCUCACAAUCACGUCCGCAACGCUGACCAUGCGCUUCGUUGUCUUCAGGCAGCGAACGGAGGCGCGUAUGGUGGCGGUGCAGGCGCAGCUUAUGUGAGUUGUUCGAAGCUGCUCUUUGAGUUAUGAUCAGCUGACUGAUUGGUUUGGCGCAUCGUCUUGACGCGCAGGGUGGAUCGUACGGAGCACCACAGGCUGCCUACGGAGGUGCUCAAGCAGUGGCCUACGGUGGCUACGGUGGUUACGGAGGUGGACAGUCUGGACCUUAUGGAUCGGCUUACGGCGCUGGAAACUACACUCAACCGCAACAGCCAGCUUACGGCGGCGCGUACGGAGGAUACGGUCAAGGUGGAAAUGGUCAGGCAAACGGAGGCUACGGUGGUUACGGCUCCUCCAGCUACGGCCAGCAACAAUCAUCAGCACCUAGCGUUUCCCAUGGUGGCUACGGAGCCUAUGGAGGUGCUUAUGGCGGUAACAACGCAGGUGCACCAUCCAAUGCGCACGGUGGCAGACAUCAACCGACCGGCUUCAGAGGCGGACAACCCCCGUCAAGAGGACCGUACGGCAAUUACGGUAGAGGCGGUCGCGGAGGCGGUCAGGCGGGGCCGUGGGGCCAGUAUUAA